AUGGCGGCUUUCUUCAACAAAAUAAAGAGUGCCAGCACGGCCUCGGGAAAUCCAACAGUCAAAGACAAUGCAGCAAAGAAGAGGGAUGAGCAGAUUGUCCUGGAGAUGACUCCAUUGGAGAAAAUGCUCCGGAACGCGGGGCCUCUACGCGAGGACGGUAGUGACAGGUUCUAUGGGUUUGAGAAUUUUGGGAAUACUUGCUACUGCAAUUCGAUUGUCCAGGCUCUCUUUUACUCAGAUCUUUUCCGAAAUAGCGUUAUCAACUAUCCCUCCCUUUCGCCCUCAGAAACGCCAGAUGGAACGCGGCCUCGAGUUAACGUAUCGAUACGCCCGCCAAUGCAGCCAACGCCCCCGAACCCACCAAAUGGCAAGCAGAAAGGGCUAUCCAGUUCCCAGGUGAUAAAGCAAAGGCAGGCCAUCAACGCAGGCAUGCCUCCCCCCGGACAGGGACCAGUCCGUCCGGAAGACAAGCCCGAUACGCCAGAAUACAAAAAGAAGCAGGCCAUGCUCAAAGGUCCUAUUUUGGAGCUGGCACAGGAAAAUGGCAACGCUUACGGGAUGGACGAAUGCACCUUUACCGGGUUGAAGGAUAUAUUCUUAGCCCUUAUCGAGAGCCAAACGCGAACUGGGGUGCUCAGCCCACAGAGGUUUCUCGAGAUAUUUAAGCGGGAUAACGAAAUGUUCCGAAAUUCCAUGCAUCAGGAUGCACACGAGUUCUACGGGUUGGUUCUGAACGACGUCAUCGCAAACGUUGAGGCAAAUGCCCACAAAUUCAAGACACAGCUGGAAACUCAGCAAAACGGCCUCGCGCAGUCCGUGGAGAAUGCGCUGGGCUCGGCAAUGGCAAAGCACAUCAACGGAGUCACAACCCCAGGAACAGGCUGGGUCCAUGACAUUUUUGAGGGCGUGUUGACUUCCGAGACCAAAUGUUUAACAUGCGAGACUGGUUCACAGCGUGAUGAGACAUUCCUGGAUUUAUCUAUUGACUUAGAAGAGCACUCGUCGGUUACAUCGUGCCUACGCAAGUUCUCGGACGAGGAAAUGCUUUGCGAAAGAAACAAAUUCCAUUGCGACCAUUGUGGUGGACUUCAGGAAGCGGAGAAGAGGAUGAAGGUCAAGCGAUUACCAAAGGUGCUGACACUACAUUUGAAGCGCUUCAAAUACACGGAGGAUUACAGUCGUCUUCAGAAACUCUUCCACCGAGUGGUGUACCCAUAUCAUCUACGAAUGUUUAACACGACUGACGAGGCAGAGGACCCGGACAGGCUGUAUGAACUUUACGCUGUUGUGGUUCAUAUUGGCGGCAAUGCGUACCAUGGACAUUACGUCUCCAUCAUCAAGACUCAAGAUCGGGGCUGGGUCCUGUUUGAUGACGAAAUGGUUGAACCCGUGGACAAGCAUUUCGUCCGGAACUUUUUCGGUGAGAAACCGGGCAUGGCAACAGCAUAUGUCUUGUUCUAUCAAGAAACGACAUUUGAAAAAGUCAGGGAAGAGCAAGAAAGAGAGGGAAUGGAGGAUAUCAAGCUGGCAAGCCAGGCGGCGUCCUCGGCGCAGGAAGACGACGAUAAGAGCCCCAAGGCUUCUACACAACUCAAACGCCAAGCCACAUUUUCUCAGCGAGCAACUGUCGAUCACGAAGAGUUGGGUAAGCUCGCACGGACGAACACACUACCCGAGCAGGCCCUAUCGUCUCCUCCAAUUCCAGCUCAUGCCAACCCCCCUAUCCCUGAAGUCCCGGUCACAACAACCAACUCUGCUCCAGAGCCGGCAGAAGUAGUCAAGUCAAAGGAGGACAAGAAACGGGAGAAGAAAGAGCGCGAGGCGGCGGAGAAGGCAGAGAAGCAGGCGGAGAGGGCUGAGAAGCUGGCUGAGAAGGAGCGCGAGAAGCAGGCGAAGCUGGAGGAAAAGAAGCGGCAAGAAGAGCGCAUCAAGAACCUGCAACAAGCGCGCAAGAGUGAAAGCGACGAACUACAAAAAGCGCUCGAAGAGAGCAAGAAAUUGGCGAAGGAAGAAAAUGCAAAGAAGAGGGAAAGCGGGGGCUCGAGCCCGUUCGGCCUUCUUGACAGGUCCAAACGAGGCAGCAAGUCGAUGGCCAAGCGGAGCUUCAGCUUCUUCCACAGGGAAAAGGGUGACAACUCACACUUCGGUAAUGGCGAGACCAACGGAGAGCAUUCCGAGGGCAAAGACAGCUUGAAAGACCGUCUUAGCUCAUCGCUGGGGAGGAAGAAGAGUACUAACAUUCUUGCAUAA